GUUCUAUAUAACGUUGGAUUUUUGAUCUAAUAAUUCAGUCAAUUUAUUAUAUUAUUGAGAACAAAACGUUAGUAGCUAUAAAAAUAAAAAUGAAGCUGUUCAUAGUAGCCGUAUGCCUCAUCGCAGCUGCCUCAGCCGCGCCCAGCACCUCCACAGCCACUGCGGCGAGGCGAGCUUUACCAGCGGUCCAGCACGAAGAAGUGCACGACGAGUUCGGCCAGUAUGCGCUGAGAUACGUCACCGCUGAGGGGACCAUCGUCUCCGAGAGAGGUCGCCUAGUCCCAACCUCGAAUGGGGCGCACGUACUUGUGGUCGAGGGAGAAACCUCGUUCAUAGGCGAUGACGGCAAGACAUACGUCACCAAGUACAGCGCAGGACUUGAUGGAAUGCGCGUAGAAGGCGCUCACCUCCCAGUGGACACAGCUGCAUAAGAUAUAACUUGAUUGCAUCAUGUCAAACUCAAUAUACUACUGCAAAAGUUGUGAACGCGAACAGCCAAGGAGAAACGUUUUGUAAAAAUAAAUUAUUUAUUCAUGUUACUGUA